AUGGCUGAAUCUAGAAACAAGUUCAAUGGAAAUGUUGGAGUAAUCUUAGCCAUUCAGGAUAUGGCUUUAGUAAUUAGAGAAAAUAGUAACCAAGAUCGCCGUCAUGAAAUUGAAGAAGAUCGAGUUAUGAGGACACAAGGAGAAUUUCAUAAGACGAAACCAACGAUAUUUAAAGGUGAACCAAAUCCUAGGGUAGCUAAAGAAUGGUUGAGGCAAAUUAAGAGAAAGAUGGAUAAUCAAAGAAUUCCGGAAGACAUUAGAGUUGUUAUUGCUUGUACCUAUCUAGAAGGACAAGCAUACCUUUGGUGGGAGUCGAUUAUGAGUAUGCCUAAUAUUGAAAUUACAACUUGGGAGGCCUUCGAAAGUAUUUUCUUGGAAAAGUAUUUUCCAAGUACUAUGAAAGCAAUGAAAGCAAGGGAGUUUGUUAGGCAACUUAACUGUUGA